AUGCUUGCCAACCUCAUUUUCAGUUUCGGAAGCCCCGUCUGGACUGGCAUCAUCAUCUCUCUUCUCCUUUGUGGCAUUACACGCGCUUUGAAGCUCCUCCUCGCUGCCAAUAAGCUUAGAUCAAAACCUCAGUCUACGAAUAAUGAAGCGCGGUCAAAGACUGAGUACGGCCCAGAUCCUUUGGGUUUCGGCGCCAUAGUCACUUUUCAGGGGCUUCCCUUGAGCCAAAAGCCAGACUGGCCGAGAUAUUGGAAGCCGGGGAAAUUUCAAAUGACUAUGGCACUGCGCAAGCUAGACAUCAACAAUUGGUUCAACUACGAUGAGCUUUUUGAUGACGAACAUACCAAAAAGCUUGCUAUGGCUCGAAGUGAAGACUCCAAAGAUUACGUGGACUACCUCGACGGAAUCGAUGAUGCUGUGUUAGAGCUACUGGACACAGUUGUGGCAUAUGUCACUAAGCGCUUUCCCGGCAUCUUCCGAGCAGACAAAAAUUAUGUUUAUAUUGAUCAUUUGCAAGAGAAAUAUCGAAUUCGGGAGCCGUUUGAUUUUCAUCCACUCACCGUUGUGGGCUUGUUGGUAAUGGAUGAUGUCUACGUGCUUAAAAAGUGUCAAAAUGAUUUUUACACGUUGCGUGGCGCUUUCCUGGCUUGCCCCUCUGGUUGGCGACUUCAACAGCGGAUAGGGUGGCAGCUGCACCAAAUCCACGAUCCGGUUCCACUUUGGAAAGAGAAACUGCGCAAAUCUAUGGAGCGCUUUUUCCUCAAUCUUCACCCGUCGAAAGCAAUCCAACGAAACAAUCUCGUUAUUCAACCAGUUGGGGAUAUAUUUCAAAUUGUUCCAUUCGAGAGUAACCCGAAAUGCAGUUCGAUCGAUCAAGUCCAUAUCCGUACGGAGUUGCAAUCUCUGACUCGACUCCCUCGGUCGCAAGCAAUCAUCUUCACGGUCAGGACAUAUUUAACUCCUGUGACAAUACUCCGGGAGGAACCAGCUCAAUUGGAAGCCUUGUGGGAUCACAUCAGACAUUUUCCUCCGGACGUUGCGGACUACAAGUGCCGGCAUCUCUGGGGGGAUGUGUUUGAGGAGUUUUGUCGGGAUGUGCUUAGAAAGAAUGAUCCGCACAUUGGUAAUGCCGAGGAAAAGGUUGAAAUUGCUAAACGAGGAGGUUGUCCACUGGAAUCUAAGUAG